AUGAAAAGGAUCAGUGGAGUAUAUUUGUGCUUUUCAAGAAAUGGCUCUUGGAAUCCAAUAAGCAUGAAGGUUGUGAUAUGUAGAAAUGAGGCAGAAAAGUGCUUGAUAGAAACAUCAAUAAAUUCCCUACGCAUAAGCCUUAAGGUGAAGCAGACAGAUGAACUUGAAAACAUUUUAACAAAAAAGUUCCUUCGAUUUUUGUCAAUGAGAGCGGAGGCUUUUCAGGUAUUGAGGAGGAAGCCUGUGCAGGACAUUGAUAAAGAGAUCAGUGAACUGAAAUUGUCUGUGAACACAAGAGGGAGGCGUGUUGCGACAGAGUUUCUCAAGCAAUUCAUCUGA